CUUUAUGAGUGACAAGUAGCACCUUGAAGUGCACAAGUAGCACCUUGAAGCGCUCCAGAAGGCCUCCGUCGGGUGUGCGGGCUGUUUCCCCCCUCCCCAGGCUCCUAGAAAGCCUCUGGAGCCUGGCGAGGGUGAAAAAAAAGUGUGCCAAAAGUGAAGGGGGAGUGAUGGUUAUGUGCGCAUGUGCAUAGGGGAGAAGUGCACAUAUGCACACUGGGGUCAUGUGCAUAGCAUGAUGGGUGUGGCACCCGUGCACAACCCCCCUGUGCUCCCCCCACUUUUUGAACGCGAUCCAAAAAAGGUUAGUCCUCACUGGGUUAUAUCAUCAAACCAUAUAUUCCUAUAUUUUUAGAAAAUCAUCUAUUGUACUCAGAAUUAUCUCAAAUACCCUGCCACCACAAGUAUCUAAUACAAGUUCUUUUCUACAUGUCUUACUCAAGUUGUGACCACAAUUGAUCGCAGUAUUUAUGUUGUUACGUGAAUUUUAUCCCAUUUUACGACCUUUCUUGCCAUUGUAACUUUGAACGGUCACUAAACGAACUGUUAUAAAUUGUUAGGAGGCAGGGAAAUCAGCAUAUAAUACAUAUAAAAUUAUACACACCCUACCUACCUUAGAAGUCACCAGACUUAAAACAACUUUGGGCAGCUUACUUUUUUUAAAAAAAGUAGGAAAAAUAUAUACAAAUAAAAGACAGAACACAAAGUGUAACGUUUCUGUCGCUUGUGGCACAUUUCAAUGUGCCACAAGAUCGGAAGUAGAUCAGCUGGGUUUAGGGAAGCCUAUUUAGAAUCAUACAGAUCGAUACUUUCAGCCGCACCUAUCCAGAUCUAACCUCAAACACUACCGCAGUUCUAUCAAAACAACUUUUCACAAAUCUGUUGCAGUCUCCAAUUCCGACAGUAGAUGGAACCUAAGCAAAAAAAAAAAAAAGCCCAGAGACACCAUCUACGAAUGUACCAUCUUUCCGGGGAGGGUCGGGGCGCCUUUGUGACCGACUGCAAGCGAGUCGGUCUUCGCAUCAUUAAAUUAGGAAUCGGAACGAUACACGUGUAAGAAACUCCCUUACGACCUUUCAAAGAUACCGAUCCAUCGGUAAUCACCAUCGCGUUUUCCGCCCCUCCUGGAAAAUGGUAUUUCCCCAACCUGGCCGCGGAAGAGAGAAAGGGAAGCGUGACGUUCCCAAAUCCAGCCACCCUUGAGACGCGCCGUUCCGUACUGUACUCCGGUUUUUCCUCCUCCUGCUCCCUCCCACUUACAGUAUUUUCCGUCUGGUGUUGCCUCAGUCCCGCCCAGCCGUGGGACACGUCGCCCCUGCAAGAGGAGCAGCUGUGGAAAGAGCAACAGCGGCGGCGACCCUUUUCGGACGGUGAGUCGGAAAGAAAGCUGGGCAGUCGUCGAAGGUGCUGACUUGGGGAGAUGCAGAAGUUCCUCAGUGCAUUUUGAUAUGGUCAUUUAAAAUGGAUAUGGAAGAGCAGGAGUUGCUUGGCGAUUAUAGGUACAGAAAUUAUUCUUCAGCAAUUGAUAAAGCUUUGAGGAACUUUGAAUCUUCAAGUGAAUGGGCAGAUCUCAUAUCUUCUCUUGGGAAACUCAACAAGGCUCUUCAAAGUAAUUUGAAGUAUUCCCUUUUACCAAGACGCUUGAUUAUCAGUAAAAGAUUGUCCCAGUGUUUACACCCAGCAUUACCUACUGGAGUGCAUAUAAAAGCACUGGAAUCCUAUGAAGUAAUAUUUAAAAUUAUUGGAACAAAAUGUCUUGCAAAGGACUUAUUUCUCUACAGUUCAGGCCUUUUUCCAUUGCUUGGUGUUGCAGCAUUGUCAGUGAAACCCGUCUUGCUCGAUUUGUAUGAAAAUUAUUUUCUCCCACUUCAGAAAUCUCUCCUGCCAAGUCUUCAGGCCUUCUUAAUUGGCCUUUUGCCUGGUUUGGAGGAAGGAUCAGAAUUCUAUGACAGGACUGAUGCUUUGCUUGUGAAGUUGUCCCUUGUAAUUGGAAAAGAAGUGUUUUAUUCUGCCUUGUGGGCCAGUGUCUUGGUUAGCCCUUCUGUAAGACUACCUGCUUCCCUUUUUGUUGUCAAUCAUAUCAACAGAGCAAUACCUGGAAAGCAGCAGAAUUAUAUAAUGGGGACUGAUCCUAAUCUCACAAUACAAGCUAUUUGUGUGUCAAUGCUGGAUUCAAAUGUUCUUGUACAAAGAAACACUUUGGAAGUAGUUCUCUUCUUUUUCCCAUUAUAUUCUUCUUUGGACCCAAAUGAGAGUGCUAUUCCACUGCAUAGGUCUGAUUUGGUUCAUCUUCUGUCAGCAGCUGCACAGACUCUCUUAAGAAGAGAUAUGUCACUAAACAGAAGGCUAUAUUCAUGGUUGCUAGGCUCUGAUAUCAAAGGGAAAGCUUCUGUACCAGCGUUAUCCAUUAAUGCAUCCUUAGAAGAUUAUGCCCACAGUUUUUUUGAAAAAUACUCCAAAGAACUUUUAGUUGAGGGUUUAAUUGAAAUACUACAUCAGAAAUUUUCAGAAUCUGACUUAGAAGAACAGCACCAUGCAUAUUUGAAGCCAUUUCGCAUUCUCAUAAGCCUACUUGACAAGCCUGAAAUAGGCCCAUUAGUCAUUGCGGACUUAUUUCUUGAAGUGAUCAGAGCAUUCUAUAGAUAUUGCAAAGAAACACUGGGUUCUGAUCUUAAACUAAGCUAUAGUCAAACUGGGAAUGUCCUUACAAGUGCAAUAAAAGAAAACAAGAAUGCAUCUGAGAUUGUUAAAACAGCUAACAUGUUGAUCACAUCCUUAAACACAGAUUUUCUGUGGGAUUAUAUGACCGGAUGCAUUGAGGACUGCUUAAGCGACAAAAAUAAAUCCACACAGACACAACUGCUAACUAAUGGUGCAACAAUUUCAGAACUCUGCACACUAACAGUGUUUCUUCUAGAUGUGAUACCACUGGAACUUUAUUCUGAAGUACAGUCUCUGUAUCUGCCACAAAUGCUCAACUGUAUGGUACAAAGUCUUCUUGAAAACAUGGAAGUACUAAGUUUAUCAGAGUUCACAUACAUGUUAAGAACAUGUUUUAAAGUGCUUAGUAAAGUGCAAAUGCCAUCUGCCUACCUGAGUACUGAAACUGGAAGCUCAGACUCUAGUCCUGUAAAGGAAGACAACCAGGAAAUAAGUUCAGAAUCCAAGGUACUAGAAGAUGAAGAAGACAUUCCUUUACCUUCAAUAAAAUCUGAAGACAGCGGCAUUGCUCUUAGUGCUUCAUCUCCUGAACUGUUACAGCAUUUGAGGAUGCCUAGGAUAAUCCCUGACAAAGAUGAUGUCUGGAAAAAGGGUGGAAGCUUGCAGAUGACUUUGCACUAUAUCCAGGAACUGGUUGCCAAAUUUGCCAGUAAACAUAUAUUUGAGAUUCAUUUACAGAAUUCCAAUAAUGACAAUGUUUCAAAAGUCCAUGUCAGUCAAGGAAACAACAAAGAUAAUAAUUACCAAGUUGCCAUAAAUACUGAGGACAAAAGGCACUUGUAUGACUCCAGGCAGAUAGUGGUGCCUCAGUUGAAGCAAAUGCUAUCAGAUUUCUUCACCGUACGAGGAUCACCUUUUAAACAGAAAGGUUUGAAGCCUUCAUCCCCUUCUGAUGAAUGUGAUAAUCCAAGGGAUAAAGAAGAGAAAGAUUGGGACCUUGAUCGAGUUACAUUUGAUUUGGGAGCUACACGAGAGGAUUGCAGAGAGACCUUUUCAGCUCUGUGCUAUCUCUUACUGGAUUGCACUACGUUUCCGGUCUAUCUUUCUGAAGAAGAAUCUGAACUGUUGUAUUUGUCACUCUUUCAAGUGCCUGGAGGCAGUGAAUCCAGUUUUCCUUUGUGGCUUAAAUCCUUGAUGACAAUAUGUUGCUGUGUUAAUGACUGCUACAUUCAGAAUUUGGCCAUUUCUGUUCUGCUAGAAGUAAUCAACCAUUCCCAGUCACUGGCAUUGGUUAUUGAAGACAGAAUUAAACGAUAUAAAAUUCCUGGGCAAAACCCCUUCUUUGGAAGACUGCAGAUGGUCACAAUUCCUCCUAUUGCUCCUGGAAUCCUAAAGCUAAUUUCAGAAAAAACUGAUUUCUAUCAGAGAGUUGCUCAGGUGCUUUGGAAUCAGCUAAACAAAGAGACACGAGAACAUCACAAUACCUGUGUAGAACUGUUCUAUCGUCUGCAUUGUCUAGCUCCAUCUGCUAAUAUCUGUGAAGAUAUUAUCUGCCUUGCAUUACUGAAUCAUGAUAAAUGUAUGCGGCUGGAAGCACUGUUCAGAUUCUCCGUCAUGUGGCAUUUGACUAGAGAAAUUCAGGGCAAUAGAACUACAUCCCACAACCGAUCUUUUGAUAGAUCCCUGUUUGUUGUCCUGGAUAGUCUAAACUAUUCAGAUGGAGCAAUUAGUGCUGCAGCACAGGGUUGGUUGAUACGAGCACUCUCACUUAACGAUGUUACAAGAAUUCUUGAACCUGCUCUUCUGCUUUUAUUACAUCCCAAGACACACCGUGUCUCCCUUCAAUGUAUCAAGCAGAAAAACUCAGAAGAAGACAUGUCUCUAUGGUAUACAAAGAACACCUUCUUUCAGGAAUCAGUGAAGUCUCAAGUUCUGUGUGAAAGCAGUUCUGAAGAAACUUUGUCACUGAGCCAAUUCACAGUUGUGGAUAGAGAAGCUAUAUGGGCUGAAGUUGAAAAAGACCCAGAGAAAUCUCUAUUAAAAAAUGAGUUCUUUGUAAACAAACCUUGUCUGUAUGCUGAAUCACUACUAGAAAUGGGCAAAGAUGAGAGUGAACACACUGAAUCUGCUGAUACCACUACUGGGCCUUUGGACAGUGAUAAUACUUCAUCAUUUUCACAUUCUCCUGAACAGCAAGAUCUGAUCCGUGAGGAGAAUAAUAGUGCCUCAACAGAUGGCAAAAACAGUAUGAAACAUACUGGUUCUUCUAAUGUUUAUCCUGCUGAUAGUUCAAAAUCAAGUGCUGUGAUAAACUUAGUACGUACUGAUUCUGAUAGAACCCGGGCAUCAGAAUCUCUCUCAAGUGAUGAUGAAAUGGAUUUGGAACUUCAAGCACUUAUAACAUCUAGAUUACUAAAGCAACAGAAAGAAAAACAGGAGAUGGUUGAAGCUCUCUUUAAACAUGUUCUCUUAUACCUACAACCAUAUGAUUCAAAAAGGGUUCUGUAUGCAUUUUCUGUGCUCGAAGGGGUGCUUAAAACAAAUCCUAAAGAGUUUAUUGAAGCUGUAGUAAGCACUAGCAUGGAUACAAGUUCCACAGCUCAUUUGAAUUUAAUCUACAAUCUUUUAGCUCGCCACCAGGAAUCACUUGUGGGACAGAGCUUCUAUGGAAAACUUCAAAUUCAGUCGCCAACAAUGUGUCCCCAUUCAUUAUUAAUAGAAUUGUUAAUGUAUCUGUGUUUAAGUUUCCUACGUUCUUAUUAUCCCUGUUAUUUGAAGGUGACUCACAAAGAUGUGCUUGGCAAUAGAGAUGUCCAAGUCAAAAGUGUUGAAGUAUUGAUCAGAAUGGUGACUCAACUGACAACAAUGGCCAAAUCAACAGAGAACAGGAAUAUAGAAUUCAUACGCAACUUGCUUGGAAGAUGCAAAAUUCAAGAGUUUGUCCUUCUUUCUAUCUCUGCUUCUAUGUAUAUUAGUCAAAAAUGCUAUGAAUGUAUGUUAGCUAAUAAGACUAAUGGUUUAAGUGAACACUAUAUCCUUGAGGAAAGUCUUAUCAACUUUGGUCAUGAUCAGAUUUGGAGUGAACAGCCUUUACAAAUUGAAUUACUUAAACUUUUGCAAGUGUUAAUAGUGUUGGAGCACCAUCUUGGGCAGACUCAAGAGGAACAGGAAAAUCAGCCAGCCCUGUCUAAGGAAUGGCAAAGGGCUCUUAGUUUUCAGGAAGCCAUCAGUGCUGUGCAAUACGUGCAUCCACACCCUAUAACUUCUCAGGGGUUGUUUGUGUCUGCAGUAGUUCGAGGCUGGCAGCCAGAAUACGGCUAUGGCAUGCAUCCGUCUUGGGUCGGCUUGGUUACAUACUCUUUGCCAUACUUUGGAAAAUCAUUAGGAUGGACAGUAGCCCCAUUUAUUGUACAGAUAUGCAAGAAUCUGGAUGAGCUUGUCAACCAAUAUGAGCAUGAAGUCCUGAAGAUGUCAACUAAAAUAUCAGCAAGCAUAAAUUAUAAAAGGGAGAACAUUACACCAGAUUAUCCUUUAACUCUUUUGGAAGGACUUACAACCAUUGGCCAUUUUUGUCUUCUGGAUCAUCCAAACCAAACCAAAAAGUCAUGUUUUAAUGCUGAUCCAACAAGUCUAAAAAAUGCUAGGAAUGCCAUUUUGGAAGAGCUUCCUCAAAUUAUUAACACCAUGUCUCUCCUCUGGAAUGUCAUUAAAAAGGAAGAGUCUCAAAAAAGGCCAUCUGAUUUCCUAGGCGUAAAAGGCUGUUCAUCGAUUUAUUUCAAAGCAACAAAAAUAUUAAAGAAUAAAAUCCUAGACUUCUUGAAUCCCCUCACUGGACAACUUGGUGUGCAACUAAUAGCUGCAACAGCAGCAGUUUGGAGCAGUAAAAAACCUCGUAAAUAUCAAACAAAGAUGCCUCCUAAAGCUAAUACAUCACAGCUAAUAUUAGUUGAUCUUGUUUGUGCUCUCAGCACACUGAAGACUGACAUUAUACUGCAGCUAAUAAAAGAAGUUGUAAAGAAACCUUCUCAAAUUAAAGGCGAAGAGAAAUCUGCCCUAGUGGAUAUACCAGUGCUCCAGUUCUGCAAUGCUUUCAUUCAAAGACUUCCAGUUUCAGCCCUGCAGGAGAACUUCCAGUCGUUAUUAGGAGUUUUUAAGGAAUCUGUGCAAUUGAAUUUAGCACCACCUGGUCAUUUUUUGCUUCUCAGUACUCUGAAUGACUUUGUGACGAGAACGCCAAACCAGGAGAAUAAAAAGAAUCAAAAAGACUUACAGGAUGUAACUCAGAAAAUAUUGGAAGCGGUGGGAAACAUUGCAGCUUCUUCUCUAGAACAAACUAGCUGGCUCAGCAGGAAUCUGGAAGUGAAAGCUCAGUCUCAGAUCUCUUUAGAAGAACCCAAUGUGGAAAAUAAUCUGCAGGAUCAUUCCACAGUAUCAUCUGUUGUGUCUGCCUCUGCUCCAUCAGUAUACAGUGUUCAAGCUCUAACUCUCCUUGCAGAGGUUCUUGCUUCUCUCCUGGAUAUGGUUUAUCAAAGUGAUGAAAAAGAGAAAGCAGUCCCAUUAAUCUCACGCUUGCUCUACUAUGUGUUUCCUUACUUACGCAAUCACAGUGCCUAUAAUCUUCCUAGUUUCCAUGCUAGCACUCAGUUGUUAAGUUCCUUAAGCGGUUACGCUUAUACUAAACGAGCAUGGAAGAAAGAUGUUUUAGAUCUGUUUAUGGAUCCGGCUUUUUUUCAGAUGGAUACCUCAUGCAUUCACUGGCGAACCAUUAUCGAUCACUUACUAACACAUGAAAAAACUAUGUUUAAAGAUUUGAUGAAUAUGCAGAGUAGUUCCUUAAAACUUUUUCCAAGUUUGGAACAAAAGGCAAUGCUGUUAAAGCGUCAAGCCUUUGCUAUUUUCAGUGGUGAAAUUGAUCAGUAUCAUCUUUAUCUUCCUUUGAUACAAGAGCGGUUGACUGAAAACCUACGUGUUGGACACACUUCUUCAGUAGGUGCCCAGAUGUUCCUUUUUUUCAGGGUACUUUUAUUGAGAAUUUCCCCUCAACACCUAACCUCUUUAUGGCCAAUCAUGGUGACAGAACUGAUUCAAACAUUUAUACAGUUAGAGGAAGAUCUAACAGAUGAACCAGCAAAAAACAACAAAAAAAUGAGCAGACAGAAAGCAUCAUCAAAUGGCAAUGCUCGGUUACAUGGAGACAUACACCAAAAUGAAUUAACCUUGUAUUUAUCUGCCUGUAAAUUCUUAGACACAGCACUUUCUUUUCCAUCUGACAAGAUGCAGUUGUUUCAAAUGUAUAGGUGGGCCUUUGUUCCAGAGGUGGACAUGCAGAGUUUCAGCACGGUUUCAGAUGUAAUGGAAAGUCACCAGGAAUGCAAGCCUCAUGUUGCUAGAAUCAUGGAUUUAUUGAAGCUAAAAUAUGGGGAACAAAAUAUCAGUGAUGAGCCAACAAAAAAUUGUGAUUUUCCUCUUUUGGAUAUUCAUUCUGUAUCAAAUAUCACACAAUUAAUUCCAUUCUUUAAUACAUUAAACUCUGCUUUUAAAACUCAAAGUGGCAGAUUACUAAAUACAUGCAACUCCAAGUCUUUUAAAAACACCUAUCCCACCAGCAGUGGAACAAGAAUUUUGAAGCUGUUGGAAGAAUAUGUUGAGCAUGAUUUUAUAGAUAAUAUGGAAUCAUUGUAAGAUAUCUGUUCAGUUCUUAUAAUCAUCAGGUUUCAUUUUGCUAAAAUGUGAAAUGCUUGAAGUAACAUGCAACUUUCCCUUGCUUUACCAAAACAAAUUAGCUUAAGUUAAAAUGAAGAAUCAUUAUUUUUCAAUUAAAAUAAUAGUUUAAUUGAGAUGCUUGUUUAUGAAUGCAGAUUUGACUUUCAAUGUAAAAAAACCCCUUCUAUCAGGAAAUACAACAGUCUAUAUUUCUCAAAAGAUAAAUUCUUCUAAAGUCAAUUUAAUUCUGCUCUAACCAAGUUCUGCAUAGCAACUUAUUAAAACAAAUUUGCAGUUACAUUACUCAUGUUUUUCUGGCCCCAAAGUCAGAAAACACAUUUGCAAGAUUGAUCAGCCCUAAGUGGACCUUGCCAGAAAAUCAAUUCCACAGAAUAGUAAAACUUCCUACUUUUAUUGAGAUUAGCUAUAAUGGCAGAAUCUUGCCAGUUAGAUUGUUUUGUGAAUUAGUUUGCCUGAGGUGCUUCAAAACAUUGUCUUAUUCUUGCCUUAAUAAUGCUUCAACUCAUUUUGGCUAGAUAACAGAUUAUGCGUAAAUUCCAGCAAGGUCAUCCUUACUCUCUAUAGGUAGUUGACUCAUAGCCUGUGGAUCCCAUGAAAUUCCCUCUAUCCUAUUUCAACCCCACAUUGCCAUAAUCCUUUCCAAUUCAGUGUUAGGCCUAUGACUGUAAGCAAAAACAAUUUUUCUGCAAGUAAGCUUCACCAAACUCAAUGAUAGAUGCUUUUUCAGUAAAUAUUUUUAAGAUUUGUCUUUAUGUUUCCAUGAAUUUUAUGAAUAACCAUUCUAAAACUGGAGGGAAAUUUUACUUGGAAGUUUUAACUAAUUUAAAGCCAUUGUUGCCUUUUACCAUUUGAUAAAAUGAUACUUAAUU